AUGGACAUCAAAACAUAUAUCAGUGACAAUGUUGUCCGGGUUCUCGGCUCGUCGGAUAACGCAACAGUCGAUUAUGUUCAUUCCUUGGCGUUGUCAUCGAAAACUCCUGGUGAUCUCUAUCAUGCCCUUUUAACAACUGGUCUUUCCGAUUCUGCCGACACGCAGGAGUUUGCCACUCAGGUGCAUGCUUUGAUACCUCGAAAGACGAAACCAAAAGUCUCCAAACCUGAAAAAGUGGCCGCGUCACAGAAGUUCGCAUUAUUGAUGGACGAAGAUGCAGGUGCUUCUUCCUCGGGUAGCUCGAGUCGGAAAGAGAAGAAAUCCAAGAAAGGAAAGGAAAAAGAGAGGGAGACGGAAAAGGAUGGAGGAGCCGUAAAACACAGUCGUUCGGCCAGAAAGCGGGAUACAGAGGGAAAUUGGGAAUCAGACGAAGAAGAAAAGGAGAAAGAAGCCAAAAGAUUACGAUUACUUUCUCCACCACGAACUGGAGAUGGAGAAGAGGACGGCGAUGAUGAACCUCGGAUAGAAGAAACAGAAGAAGAGAGAUUGGAAAGAGAACGCAGAGAAGAUUUGGCGGAAAGAGAUGCUUUUGCCGAAAGAAUGAAAGAGAAAGAUAAAGAUAGGACAAAGAAACUGGUUACUGAUAGAUCAACGAAAUCUGUUGGUGGAUUAGAAGCCGAGAAAAGAUCUGCUCUAGCAGAUGAUGCAGUAGCUAGAAAAGCUGCCAUAGAAGAUCUGCGUCUACAUUCGAGACAAGAAUAUCUCACGAAAAGAGAACAACAAAGGUUGGAUUUGCUCAAAAUGGAAAUUGAAGAUGAGAAAAUCUUGUUCCGUAAUCAGAAAAUGUCCAGACGGGAAGAAGAAGAAUUUGAACGUAAGAAAGAAUUAAUCAAGAUCAUGGAAGCAAGACAAAGAAUAGAUGAUGGGACAGAUGGAUAUAUGAUGCCUGAUGAUUACAUUACUGAACAAGGUAAAAUCGAUCAAAAGAAAAGGAAAAAUGCUUUAUACCAAAGAUACGAAGAUAGUAAACCUGUUGAAGGUCAAUUCAUAACAGAUGUAGAUCAGUGGGAAGCGAGUCAAACGGAUCAUUCAAGUCUAAGGACUGGUGCUUUGGAUAAGGAAAUAUUAGUGGAAGAAUUCGAUUAUGUCUUUGAUGAAACUCAGGAAAUCAAAUUCUUACAAGAAGGUAAUUUGGAAGGUACUUUAACAGCAGAAGCUCAGGCUAUAUUAGAUCAAGUAGAUCAAUUGGAGAAAAAAGCUCAAAGCAUACAGGAAACAAGAAAUUCUCUACCCAUUUACGAAUUUCGAGAUGAACUUUUAGAAGCAAUAGCAGAACAUCAAGUUCUUGUCGUUGUAGCUGAGACCGGUUCAGGUAAAACCACUCAACUUCCUCAGUAUCUCUAUGAAGCUGGAUACUGCAAGAAUGGGAUGAAAGUCGGUUGUACACAACCUCGUCGAGUGGCAGCAAUGUCAGUCGCUGCUCGUGUGGCUGAAGAAAUGGGUUGCAGACUGGGUCAAGAAGUUGGAUAUUCAAUCAGGUUCGAAGAUAUGACAAGUGAUAAAACAGCUUUAAAAUACAUGACAGAUGGUAUGUUGUUGAGAGAAUUCUUAACGGAUCCCGAAUUAUCGACGUAUUCUGCUUUGGUCAUUGAUGAGGCGCAUGAGAGAACUUUGAGUACGGAUAUUCUGUUUGGUCUGAUCAAGGAUAUCGCCCGGUUCCGACCAGAAUUACGAUUACUAAUUUCGAGUGCUACUUUGAAUGCGCAGAAGUUCGCAGAUUUCUUUGACCAAGCACCGAUCUUCGAUGUGCCCGGUCGAAGAUACCCAGUCGACAUGUUUUACACCAAGCAACCUGAAGCAAACUACAUGCACGCUGCCGUCACGACCAUUCUUCAAAUCCAUACCACUCAACCCAAAGGCGAUAUCCUGCUGUUCUUGACUGGUCAAGACGAAAUCGAAGCAGCUGAAGAGAACCUGAAAGAGACGAUGUAUGCUCUUGGAGAUAAAGUACCUGAACUCAUAAUCGCACCCAUUUACGCCAAUUUACCGAGUGAAAUGCAGUCGAAAAUCUUUGAGCCCACGCCAGAAGGCGCGAGAAAGGUCGUCUUGGCUACGAAUAUUGCUGAGACAUCCAUCACCAUCGACGGUGUAGUCUAUGUCAUUGAUCCUGGUUUCGUGAAACAGAACAACUAUAACCCCAAAACUGGAAUGUCGUCCUUGGUCGUUGAGCCUAUAUCAAGAGCUUCUGCACAGCAAAGAGCAGGUAGGGCAGGACGAGUAGGAGCUGGUAAAGCGUUCAGGCUGUACACCAAAUGGGCUUUCAAAAAUGAAUUACUUCAAGAUACUAUACCAGAAAUCCAAAGGACAAAUCUUGGUACCGUCGUAUUGAUGCUCAAAUCACUGGGUAUAAAUGAUGUACUCAAUUUCGAUUUCCUGGAUAAACCCCCAGCAGAAACUAUCAUCAGAUCGUUCGAACUGCUUUAUGCGCUAGGAGCUUUAAAUCAUAAAGGUGAACUCACAAGAUUAGGUAGAAGAAUGGCAGAAUUCCCUGUGGAUCCCAUGUUAUCCAAGGCCAUCAUCAACAGUGAGAAUUUCAAGGUUACUCAUGAGGUUUUGACGAUAAUUUCGAUGUUACAAGAAUCAGGGUCAUUACUAUAUCGUCCGAAAGAUAAACGAGUUCAUGCCGACAAAGCACAUAAAAAUUUCAUUAAAACAGGUGGUGACCAUUUCACCCUAUUAAACAUAUUUGAACAAUGGGUAGAAAGUAAUUACUCCCAACAAUGGUGUCAUGAGAAUUUCAUCCAAUUUAAAUCACUUGGUAGGGUGAGAGAUAUCAGGGAUCAAUUAGCACAAUUAUGCGAUCGUGUAGAAGUAGUAAUAGAAAGUACGCCAAAUGAGGUCGUUCCGGUACAAAAAGCCCUCACUGCAGGAUAUUUCUAUAAUACGGCACGAAUCGAUAAAGGAGGGGGUUAUAGAACUACUAAGAAUAAUCAUUCAGUCUAUGUUCACCCUUCGUCUUGUUUACUUGGAAUGCAACCUCCGCCACGAUUCAUCCUCUACUACGAGCUGGUACUGACUUCCAAGGAAUACAUGAGGCAAUGUAUGCCGAUCGAGGGAUCUUGGUUAGCUGAACUUGCUCCCCAUUAUUUCAAUAAAAACGAAAUUGAUCAAAUGCUAGGAAGCGCAAGUAAAGUGAAAAUGCCAAAAGCCAUUGAUCAACCUAAAGUCGGACCGGUAAAUCCUUAA